AUGUUGCUAGUUACCUGCAAGCUUAGAUUUCCUAGAAAUUCCGAUGGACCACUAGCCAGCCGCACAAUAUCUAGUGCAGCGGAUAUGAGCUCAAACCGAGCGCGAGAACCCUCGGGGCUGAGGAGGGGAAAGGAGACGGGGAACGAUUCAUCGUCGAGAGAAGGUAGGCCCUUAUCCCGAAGCUCCGCAGAAAGUAUGCCUGCGUUCAAGGCAACUGAUUUGGAAAGUUCGUCCAUUCUGUUUUUGCUCCGCUUGUUACAAUAUAUUGUUGUUUUGUACUCGUACUCCGUACAGAGGAGGCACGGAAAGGCAGAGCCCUGA